GCUGAAUGAAGGUGUUUAUUUUGUUUGGUGUAAGUCCGUCUUGACUAGGCUCAUUAUGCUCAUACUACAGUUACCAGAAGACGUCCUCUACCAUAUCUUGUCUUAUUUGGACUGCAAAUCUCUCGCCCGCCUCUCUCAGGUCUGUAAAAGCAUUUACCGCUUUGUAAACCGCGACACUGUCUGGAGGAGCAUCGCCAAAGAGUUUCUUAACACUGGGAUCAAUCGGGACGGGACGGACAUAUAUCCUCACAUACCACUGAAGGAGAGAGUGAAGUUAGCACAAAACUGGUGUGAUGGAGUCUGUAAAAGAGGAAUUCCUCUCAAAUGGAAAACAAAGCUGUUACCAUGGUUGGAGUUGGAUGGGGAUGUACUCUUUCUAUCUCAGGCUGCUGAUAUUGGAGCUUACCAGUUGCACCAAGACUCUGGGAGGUUGCAGCGUAACCCAUUUGAAAUCUACUCAGGCCACAAUGCUGAUGUGUGCCACUUUGUUCUGACGGACUCUCACCUGAUAAGUGGUGGAAGUGAUGGCAAGAUCCUGGCCCACAGCAGGACUACUGACUGGUUGGUGGAGUUAUCAGGUCAUAAACAGGAAGUCAACUGCCUAGACUCGAAAGACGGACUCAUCAUCAGUGGUUCCAGAGACCAAACAACCCGGAUUUGGACCUUGACUUCCAACAGCCCCAGAGACACAAUUCCCAUGUAUGACAGAGUUUGGUCUGUUGCUAUAAGUCCCACAUUGAGCUCCUUUGUAACAGGAACUUCAUGCUGCCAGAACUUGUCCCCUCUUCGUAUAUGGGAUGUUGAACGGUUGGAGUGUGUCUGCAGUCUGGGGUCAGAGUUUCGCCGUGGGGCUGGUGUGUUAGACAUGGUGUUUGAGUCUCCAUUCCAGCUCUUUACUUGUGGCUAUGAUACCUUUAUUCGACUAUGGGACCUCCGACUCAGCCCACGGAAAUGUGUGAUGGAGUGGGAGGAGCCUCAUGACAGCACUCUGUACUGCAUCCAGACCGAUGGAAAUUAUAUGAUAGCCAGUGGCUCCUCGUACUAUGGUGUUGUACGACUGUGGGACAAAAGGCAAACUGCAUGCCUGCAGUUCUUUCAGCUGAGCUCAGAAUCAGGCAGCAGCCCGGUGUACUGUUUAAGAUUCAGCAGCACACAUCUGUAUGCAGCACUGGCCACUGCCCUGCACUCACUGGACUUCCAACAGAACCCAAUCUGCAUAAGAUGAUUGACAAAGACAAACACAGUUUAAACUAUCUGUUCAAUGAAGCCAUUUUCACAAUAAAGUUUUUUUACAUU